AUGAUUAGCAGGAAGCACUGUUGGGUUAUAAGGAGGUACAAUGGUAGCCAUACCUGUAUUAGAGCCAAUAUUUCUCAGGAUCAUUCUAAGCUGGAUUCGAUCACAAUUGCAGAAGUCAUCAAGCCGUUGGUCAAAGCUGACCCCUCGUUAAAGGUAAAAUCAGUUAUUGCAGAAGUGCAAUCGAAGUUCAACUACACCGUCAGUUAUCGGAAAGCAUGGUUGGCUAAGCAAAAGGCAGUAGAAAAAAUAUAUGGAGGUUGGGAAGCAUCGUACGAAGCAUUGCCUAUAUGGUUUGAGGCCAUGUAUCAUAAGGAGCCAUCAACUGUCGUCCAUUUUGAGACUAUGCCUGCAUAUCAAAGUGAUGACUUGGUGACUGAUAUUCGGGUAUUGCGUAGAGUAUUUUGGAGUUAUUACCACUGCAUUAGAACAUUCCGACAUUGUAAGCCAAUUGUCCAGGUAGAAGGGACUCACUUGUACGGAAAGUAUAAGGGUUGUCUUUUAGUGGCAGUUUCACAGGAUGACAACAACAAUAUCGUCCCAAUUGCAUUUGCUAUUGUAGAGGGAGAGACUUCUGAUGAGUGGCACUUUUUUCUCAGUAACCUGCGACAACAUGUUGUCACUCGGGAUGGUGUGUGGCUGAUAUCCGACUGA